AUGGCAAUAUCGACGGGUUCAUUGCUAGAACUGCUGGAGGAGGAGAGAAAGAGAAUCAAGGAGGAGCUUGUGCAGAGAUGCAAGGGAGGAAGGAGCGCUCCUCUCACCCAUGGGUCUGCCUGCGCCAACGAUGCCCAACAUCGAAUCGAAGAGGGAGGAAGAGGAAUUUGUAGGGUGUCAGCAGCUGGGGAGCAACAAGACCAGCACGUCAACAGAGUUGCAAGCGCCUCCCAAGACCACAUCGUCUAUCCUCUCUCCAAGUAUCUCAACGACGCCAUGCUCUCUGCUCGUGGGGAUCGCCGCCCUCCCGCCUCCUCCCUCCCGCGUUCUCGCAACAAGGCCCUCCUGUGGGCGGAGAAGGGAUACACCGGGACGAGAGGUAUCCCUGUAAGGGUGACUGGGAUAGGUGGAGGGCUUCAGGAAGGAGAGCGACGAGGUCCUCGUGACGCUGAUCACGCGGCCUCGAUCCCUGGGAGGAGGAGCAUGAUGGUGCGAGGACUGUACAGCGGGUGCGGGCUGGAGGAGGCGUGCGAGGUGAAGGUGUACGGAGCGUUUGCGGGAGGGGUUGUGUACUCGACGAGCAAUGAUGAUCUCUUUUGA